ACAUUACACCAAGGUGAUGAACAAGAUUCUCAAUACGAUGACGCUAGUCAUUUUACUCCUGGUCGAUUCCGAAUAUAUCCCACAAACAUAAACACAACACUCCGACCACCUCCUUCCCCCGGAGAACCUGACGAACGUACUCACCUUUUAUUUGGGAUAAGGCCAGCAAAGACACAAGUUCUAGAAUGGAUUCACGUUGCGUGGAAACGUACAUUGAUACUGAACGUGUUUCCGGUAGCAGUGGUUCUUGCAUGGUGUGCUGUUCCUUUCCCAACUUAUGAUCCAAGAAAUUCAAUAAAGAACAUUGGAUUUUUGAGUGAUAUAAAUAUUUUUCAUCUACCAAAUCAUGAUGAUAAUCCUGUAGAAAUCAAUUUUUGGUUCUUUUUAUUUUUCUACUAUGGAUUCUACAAUGCAAUAGCACUUUUAUUGGUCACAAAAAUGUUCGAUCUGUACUCUUUGAAUUGGUGGCCAAAAUGGCUCGGUGGUUGUUUCGCCUAUACCGUGUUCUGGCUUUUGUCACUUAUUAGUGGUGUGAUAGUAUACCUAUAUACCAGUCUGGUAAAAUUCAAUUUGACGUGGGUCUUGCUCACCUUCAUCACGAUGAAUAUGCCAUUAUUGGUAGGAUUCAUUGUCAUUCGUGCGCAAACAAAUAGAAGCACUUAUCGGCAUUCGUUUACGCUGGCUCAAAAGACAUUCCUUGAACGUCAAUUGAAAAAUCGGUUGCCUAAAUCAUACGUCCGCUUUUUGUGGUUCUGUUUCACUUUAUUUAUCGUAAUUGCUGCAUUCACAGCUGGUGAGGCGUAUGCUUAUGUUUUCCUAACAACUCCGGAAGCGCAUACAGGAAUAGAUGCAUUCGUUUACGUCUACUCAUGGCUUGCAACAAUUUACAUACUCGAUGCAGUCACAGAGUAUAUCAUAGAAUCUCGAGUCAAAUCGUAUCCUCUUCAAUUUACAUUCAAACUUUACUUUUUUAUGAUCUAUUUCAUUUUCUAUCGUAAUCUUUUCGCACGACUUCGUGAUCCGGAUCAAUAUAUCCUUAUCCAAGCUGCCAGGCUUCGAAAAGACUAUGAUGAAUAUAAAAAACAAUGUGGGAGAUCAUUUUUUAUUCGAAAUCUUGCAGAAAACGCGACAAUGCUUGGGUUUAUUUGCUGGAUAUGUAUUAUACAUUAUGGUCCCAAUUAUGAAGUAUAUCCUUAUUUUAAGUUCAUUGAAGAGGGAAAUCCUUUUGACUUUGAAUUAACUUUGAGAAUGAGUAUGAUUAUUUGGGCAUUUGAACUCGGAAGCGCUGGUAUUACCAGAACAAUAUUCAGAAGAGUAUUCAAGCAUAGUAUUUCGAAAGAUGCUGUUAAGGACUUUGACCAAUACCCAGAAAUGGUUGUAGCAAUGAUUGUGAUAAUUAUACACGUACUGCAGGAUAUGUUGAUGGCACUUCUUAAUCUGAAUUUUAAAGGUGCACUUGGUUCAAAAUAUAAACCAUAG